UAUUUUCCUGACUGUUUUACUUGUGCUUUUCUCUCUUUGCUGUUCACACAAAAAAAAUGUUUUCAUUGAAGUUGAAAGCUGACGUCCGAAAUCCAAAGAGAUAUAUGUAUGAAACCUCGGUUAGUUCAUCGGAUUAUAAAUAAAAUACCAACAACCCAAGAGAAAUAUAUCAGCAUAAAUAAAUUAAAAAAAGGAGUCAUCUUGAGCUUAAAAAAACAAUGGAUGAUUUUGAAUUUGACAUCGACCAAUUAGAUCAGCUAUUGGACUUUAUUUCUUCUUCUCCACCUCCUCCUCCUUCAACUACUCUUCAAGAGCAAGAUUCAUCAAUUUCAUUACAAACACAAAGCUCUAAUGAUCUUGUUACAAUUAGUCAUAAGCCUAAAGAGAAACCAAUUAUCACCAAUAUUAAUACUGAUGAUCAAAGUCAAGAUGCUGCUAGAAACCCACCCAAAGGGAAAGAGAAGAAAAAAGUCAUACGAAGAGACAUUGAAAGGCAAAGAAGGCGAGAUAUGGCUAAGCUUUAUCAGCGUUUGCGCCUACUUAUUCCUUCUAAGUAUCUCAUGGGAAAGAGAUCCAUAUCUGAUCAUCUAGAAGAGAUAGUGGACUAUGUAAAAGACUUGAGGAAGAACAUAGAGGACUUGGAAAGAAAGAGAGACAGUUUGAAAAAUAUUUGUAGCUCUGAUCACUUGGCACCAUCUUCUUCCUCCAUGAAGUUAAGUGAUCAUGAUAUUAAUAAUGGCAAUGAUGAUGAUGAUACAAUAAGAGUGAAAUCAUGCAAUGAAGGAGUGGAAAUUUCAGUAAAAGGAGGGCUCCCUCUAUCAAAAGUGCUUAAGGUUCUUAUGAAAGAAGGGCUUAUUGUUAAUUGUUGUGUUUCCUCCACAGUUAAUCAAAAGCUUCUUCACAUUAUUCAAUCUAAGGUGAAGACAAGAGAGGAUAUUGAUCUCGCAAGAUUACGACACAAGUUGAUGAGUUUAUCUUAGAAUAUAUAUAUAUAUAUUUUGAACCGAGGUGGGACUUGAAUGAGUUUAUCUUAGAAUAUAUAUAUAUAUAUUUUGAACCGAGGUGGGACUUGAGAUUUUUUAGGGAUUUCUCUUUGAAUCCCGCCUAAAUCUCAAAGAACCAAUAGAAAUCUUGGAUUUAUGACUUGGUAUUGAUCCCGAGGGGCUCAGGAGUGAUUUGGAUCAUUGGUAGGAAACUAGUUAAGAUUAAAGAUUUAAAUUGACCACGAUCAAGAUCGGUUAUAUAUAUAUAUAUAAUUUUGUUCGUUGUACACUUAAAUUGUUGUUUGUCCUAAUUAUAGUUUUGAAUUUGGUAA